AUGUGGCCGAUGCUUGGAAGCGGAUGCCGGUUGAAGGCUUCGUGGAGAGGGUGGCGGUUCGCCUCUUCAAUGAACAAGGCCUUGAUGGAACGCUUGCGCGGAGAGUCUACAGCACUCGCACCACCGGAUGAAAUCUGCGACGGUCUGUAUAUUUGUGGUUUGCCAUCCUUGCAGGAUAAUCUGGAGCAGUAUCAGCGCCGCGGUGUGCGUCACAUCCUGAAUGCAGCUGACAGUUCUCUGCACAGAGAAGCGGGUAUUAAUGUCGAACUUGCUAAUAUGCAGCUUCACGUCUUCGAGGUGGAUGCAGUAGAAGAUGCACAUGUUGACCUCCUUGCGCGGUUCCGUGCGGCAUCGGCCUUUGUGGCUGAAGGACGAAUGUGUCAAGGAGUUUUGGUGCACUGUGCCUCGGGAAUCUCUCGCUCAAGCACAGUUUGCAUGGCACACCUCAUGAUUUCUGAGGAAUGGCAUCUGAGCUCCGCCGCAAGGUUGGUUUGCCUGGCCAGGCCAUUUGCACGGCCGAGCCCAGCUCUUUGGAGACAGCUUCGAUGGUUGGAGGAGCGCUUGCUGGAAGAAGGUGCUCUUCGCCACUUGCCACCUCCACGGACAGCUGCGGAAGAGCGCGCAGUAGCCUGGGUGCAGGAACUUGAUGCCUGGAAGCAAUCUGCAAAAAAGCUGCGAGCGAACUCCUCUGUGUGUUGCUGA